AUGGCCCUGCUGCUCUUGCUGCUCCUGGGCCUCCUGGGGCUCUGGGGGCUGCUCCGUGCCUACGCCCAAGACACCUCCCCAGCCCCCCGGUGGCCCCCGGGGCCUCGCCCGCUGCCGCUCAUCGGGAACCUGCACUUGCUGCGUCUGUCGCAACAGGACCGGUCCCUGAUGGAGCUCUCGGAACGCUACGGGCCGGUGUUCACCGUGCACCUGGGGUGCCAGAAGAUGGUGGUGCUGACAGGGUUCAAGGUGGUCAAAGAGGCGCUGGCAGGCCCUGGGCAGGAGCUAGCCGACCGCCCUCCCAUCGCCAUCUUCCAGCUCAUCCAGCGAGGUGGAGGCAUCUUCUUCUCGUCCGGGGCGCGCUGGAGAGCUGCCCGCCAGUUCACGGUGCGUGCCCUGCACAGCCUGGGCGUGGGCCGGGAGCCGGUGGCUGAUAAGAUUCUGCAGGAACUGAAAUGCCUUUCGGGGCAGCUGGAUGGCUAUGGAGGCCAGCCCUUCCCGCUGGCCCUACUGGGCUGGGCUCCCUCCAACAUCACCUUCAUGCUCCUCUUCGGCCGCCGGUUCGACUACCGGGACCCUGUGUUCGUGUCCCUGCUGGGUCUCAUCGAUGAGGUCAUGGUCCUCUUGGGGUCCCCUGGCCUGCAGCUGUUCAACGUCUACCCCUGGCUUGGGUCCCUGCUCCAACUGCACCGGCCCGUCCUGCGAAAGAUCGAGGAGGUCCGCGCCAUUCUGAGGACACUCCUGGAGGCGCGGCGGCCCCACAUGCGCCCAGGGGACCCCGUGUGCAGCUAUGUGGAUGCCCUGAUCCAGCAGGGCCAGGCGGAUGACCCCGAGGGCCUGUUUGCUGAGGACAACGCAGUGGCCUGCACCCUGGACAUGGUCAUGGCCGGGACGGAGACGACCUCAGCCACACUGCAGUGGGCCACACUUCUGAUGGGCCGGCACCCGGACGUGCAGGGCCGGGUGCAGGAGGAGCUGGACCGCGUGCUGGGCCGUGGGCGGCCUCCCCGGCCGGAGGACCAGCAGGUGCUGCCCUACACCAGCGCCGUGCUCCACGAAGUGCAGCGGUUCAUCACGCUCCUGCCGCACGUGCCCCGCUGCACCGCCACCGACAUGCAGCUGGGCGGCUUCCUGCUCCCCAAGGGCACGCCCGUGAUUCCCCUGCUGACUUCGGUGCUGCUGGAUGAGACACAGUGGCAGACCCCAGGCCAGUUCAACCCGGGCCAUUUCCUGGACGCGAACGGGCACUUCGUGAAGCGGGAGGCCUUCCUGCCUUUCUCUGCAGGCCGCCGUGUCUGUGUCGGGGAGCGCCUGGCCAGGACGGAGCUCUUCCUGCUGUUUGCUGGCCUCCUGCAGAAGUAUUGCCUGCUGCCCCCGCCUGGCAUCAGCCCGGCCUCCCUGGACACUACGCCUGCCCGGGCUUUCACCAUGCGGCCGAGGGCCCAGGCCCUGUGCGCAGUGCCCAGGCCCUAG